GAUCGCCUCUUCUUCCUCCUGGCUUCCGUAUCUUGGACGUACGUACCCGACUUACUGUAUGCCGCUCCGCUGGCCUCGACACCAUUUUUGCCUUGCAUGACCUCCGCAGCAGCGCCGCCAACAUCGCUGCACCGCCCGGCGGUGAGCGCCACACACGCAGCCAGAGCGUCCGUCGCGGCGUCGAGCAACAGGGUGCACCUUGGUAACCUCGAGCACCUCUUCCGAAGCCGCGGUGCCGUCGAGAGCAGUGGGACCGCCGCGGCGCCUGUGCAGCCGGCACGGAGGAGGCAGCAGGCGCCGCUGCUGCGGCUACCGUCCUUCUUCAAGGGGGCCAAGGGCGACUUCGCCGUGGCCAAGGAGGAGCAGGUGGACUUGUCGCCGCGCCUGUUCCAGCCGGUGCCGCCCGACGGGCCGUCACCGCGUGGGGACAUCGCGGCGUCGUGGCGGCGGCUGCACGGCGAGGACGGCUGGCGCGGCCUGCUUGACCCGCUGCACCCGGACCUCCGCCGCGAGAUCGUCCGCUACGGGGAGUUCGUCGACGCCGCGUACGGCGCGUUCCUUUCCCAGCCCGACGCCACGCCGGGCGACAUCGCUGCCCCCGUGCACGUCCCGCUCCAGGACGCGGCCUACCGCGUCACGGCGCCACUGUUCGCGACCUCCUCCGUGAGCUUCCCGCCCUGGCUCGCGCUUGCCGCGCCGUGCGCCGCGCAGCGCACGAGCCUCGUCGGGUACGUGGCCGUGUGCGACAGCCCCGCCGAGGUCCGACGUAUGGGCCGGCGCGACAUAGUCAUCGCGCUCCGUGGCACCUGCACGGUCCUUGAGUGGGCCGAGAACUUCCGCGCCGGCCUCGUCCCGGCCACCGAAGCGGUCGACGCCGCAGCUUCGCCGGUCUCCGCCUCCGACGCAAAGGUGGAGUGCGGGUUCCGGAACCUUUACAAGACAGCCGGCGACGGUUCGCCGAGCUUGUCAGAAAUGGUCGUCACCGAAGUACGCAGACUACUCAAAAAGUAUGAGGGAGAGGAGGUGAGCAUCACGGUGACGGGUCACAGCCUGGGGGCGGCGCUGGCGGUGCUGAUCGCCGACGAGCUCGCGGGCCCCGGCGAUGCGCCGAAGCCAGUGACGGUGUUUUCGUUCGGCGGGCCGAGGGCGGGGAACCGCGCGUUCGCGGAGCGCGUGGAGGCCCGGGGCGCGCGCGUGCUCCGCGUGGUGAACGCGAACGACGUCGUGCCGCACCUCCCGCCGCGCCCCGGCGGCCGGUGGUACGCUGACGUCGGCCGCGAGCUCCGCCUUGACAGCCGCGCGUCCCCGUACCUCCGCCCCGAUGCCGACGCAGCCUGCUGCCACGACCUGGAGGCGUACAUCCACCUCGUCGACGGCUUCCUCAGCUCGCACUGCCCCUUCCGCGCCAACGCCAAGCGCAGCAUUCUGCGGCUGCUCAAGAACCAGGGUGGCAACGUCAAGCAGCUCUACAUCAGCAAGGCCAUGGACAUGCGCGUCCGGCUCGACGCCGGUGGCGCCGUUGACAUGCCUGGCUCGCCGCUCAGCCGUCUCGGUGCGCCGAGCAACGUGCUUAAGUGCGUGCACUGAGGAUGACGACGACGACGACGACGGACCGGCGGGAAAUGUCGGCGGCACCGUGUUUGGUCUCUUGUUCAGGGGAAAGUAUCCGGUGCACCGGCGCUUGUGGUGCUACCGGUGCACCGGACGCCCAUAGCGCAUUUAAAAAUGUUCAAAAAAAUCAGGAAAAAAUUAGCACAUUCAUACAACAUUGGUUCAUGUUGUUGCAAAAUUUCAACUUCAAAUUUGAAACAUUGCUCGAGGUAUAAAAAUCACAAAAUUGGCACUGAAUAGUACACAAGAUAAGUUGGGCUUUAGAUUUGGCCCAUUAACACAUUGAUGCCAAAUUUGUUAUUUUUGUAUCUCAUGCAAUAUUUAGAAUUUUGAUAUGAAUUUUUGCGACAACAUAGGCCAAUAUUUUGCCAACGUGCUACAUAUUUUCUGAUUUUUUAAAACAUUUUUAGAUGUGCUACGACAUCCGGUGCACCGGUAGCACCACAAGCACCGGCGCACCAGAUACUUUCCCCUUGUUCAGGGCGGGUAAAAGCAGCUGACUUUUGAUAUUCUUUUAGAAUAUAUAGCCGGUCCUCAAGUUUUACCAAGUAAAGAUGAUGAUGAUGUGUUGCUUUGAUCAGCAGACACAGAAUUGGUGU